CCCACUCUUGUCCACACGGCGUCAUGUUUAAUUCGCCUCGACCUGCUCAACGGUACGGCUCGUCCAGUGGCUUCGGAGGCAGCUUUGUAGACGAGAACCCUCUUUCUGGCUCUGCAUACGACGGACUUGACCCAUGGAGUACGGCGCCUAGUCCUUCACCACCAGUGCCCUCGACCACGGUCUUCAGUUCUGUUAUCGCGGAUGCGACGGUCCCGUCAAUAUACGAUAGGGCGUUUGCGUCCGUCGACCCAACGAAUAGCGGUGAAACAUCGGUGAACUCGCUGUCGAGGGUGCUUUCCACGUCGUCGUUGCCAGCGGGAACCAUUGAUAGGAUCGUCAACCUUGUCAGCACUCGACCGCGCGUUUCCAAACUCGAAUUCUUUGUUGCAUUGGCCCUUGUUGCGCUUGCACAGGCGGGUAAAGACGUGAGCAUCGAGCAAGUCGCUGCCUUGUCAUCACAGAAUACUCUUCCCGAGCCGAGUCUCGACUUGGACACGCUUCAGCCUUCCGCUUUUGGGCCUGUGCCUAAUUUCAGACAGAAUACUAUGACUGCUGAUGAUCCCUGGAAAAUUGGUGGGGGGAUAGUUUCUGGGCCGUCAAAUAUGAGUGGUUUUGAAUCGGCCCGUACGAAUGGUGUUCCAUCGACGCUUGCAGGGUCGGGACUACCGAAAGAAUGGUGGAAGAGGCAGGACAGCGUGACGGUGACGAUUCUUGGACAGCAAGGAUUCAUAUUAAAUCGAUACAUGGUGUACCAAGUAUCCUCGGAACGCGGUCCGGGAGUCGCGAGACGAUACUCGGAGUUUGUGUUCCUUUGGGAUGUUCUGACGCGAAGAUAUCCAUUUCGCCUUUUCCCAGCUCUCCCACCAAAACGAAUAGGCCCUGAUGAAUACUUUUUGGAACAAAGAAGGCGAGGAUUGGCGAGGUCCUUGAACUACGUGAUAAAUCAUCCCAUCAUCAAAGAGGACGGCGUUCUAGCCGUGUUCUUGACAGAACCUUCAUUAGAGGAAUGGCGAAAACACAACUCCAUAGUUCUGGACGAGGAGUCCGCAAGUAAACGCGUCGACAAGGUGGAGGAAAUGGCUAUUCCGAGUGAUUUGGAAGACAAGAUUGCAAUUGUACGUGGCAAGGUCAACCCGCUUAUCGAGCAAUGGCAACGGAUAUGUAUAUUGGCGGAGAGAAUAAUAAGGAGACGUGAAGCAGCAUCGGUACGGGUGCCCGCGUUUCGACGUACCUAUCAGUCGACUCACGCGGCUUUGCCAUUUUCUUCUUCUUCUGCGCCUGUUUCGCGAACGUCUUCCUUUUCGUCAUCUUCGAACCGUUCUAUUAAUUCUUUGCUUACGACAAUCUUCUCACUGCAUCCGGCAUUCGAUGAAACACAACAGGGCGAUCUCGCGCGAUUAACGAACACUGUCCGAGCUGUCGUGGAAGUCAACGAGAAUUGUUGGAGGGGAGACGAAUGCGACUUAUCUAGCGGGGUGAAAGCAGGACUUGAACAAGUUGCGGCCCAUUUUCAGAGGCAUGCAGAGAUUUCCGAGCUGAGGACGCGAGUGUUGUUUGACACUACCCUGGAAGCGCUCAAGUCACAACGCGAUCUGUACAUCGCGGUGCGGGAUCUAUUGAUUCGACAUGACAGAUUGUCCAUUGACCAAGUCGAGAGGCUGAAGAAACGGGUGGAGACAAACUCGUUGAAGAUGGAGGGUGUGCGGGCUGCACAGAAGGAUUCAUGGCAGGAGGACGUUGAUAGGAUAAGUGGGCUUAUCGAGAAGGAUCAAGCUACUAUAGCGGCGCAGUUGAACCGGAGAGUGUUUAUUCGUGCUUGGUGAGUGUUCCCUUGUUCUUCCGUUAGUAUGGACUAGGUUUGAUGGGGUUAGCAUGUGGCACGAGCUACGCGCA